UCGCAUGUCUGAAGGAGAGAUUGCAGCUGUCAGUCGGGAGUGCCUACAAGGACUGGAUUUUCUUCACUUCAACCAUGUGAUCCAUCAAAAUGUGAAGAGCACCAACAUCCUUCUCAGAACUGAUGGCUCUGUCAAGCUGGCUGAUUUUGUCCUCUUUGCUCAGCUCCCCUGAGCAGAGUAGACGGAGCUCAGUGGCCAGCACUUCUGAGUGGAUGGCACCUGAAGUCAGGGCAGGGCAACCAUAUGGCCCCAAAGUGGACAUAUGGUCUUUUGGAAUCGUGGGCAUCGAAAUGGUGGAACGAGAAGUUCCUCGCAAGACCCAAACUCCUGUCUGGGCUCAACACCUGACAGCCAAAGGACAGACCCCACAGCUGCAGCAGCCCAAGCUCUACUCGCCUUUGCUGCGGGAGUUCCUGAGCUGCUGCCUGCAGACAGACGAGGCGCAGCGCUGGUCUGCCAAGCAGCUCCUGCAGAGCUUGGCUGGAAGUUAUUCCCUCAUCAUUCCUUCAUCAGGAGGAGUGCAAGCACAGUUUACUUUCACCUACAGAGGAAUCCAGUAUAGCCCCAGGGCUGGAACGAAAGCGCAGCAGCCUCUGAGCCUCCUCCCGGCACUGGCCCAUAACAAUGCUGAUGACAUCAUGGACCAGGGGUGCCGUGUGCUCCUCGAGGAGAGGCUGCAACACCUCAACCAGAAUCUCAGCAUUUGGCCCGUAGAUGCAAAGGCCAUGCAAGAUGCUGCUCUCUAUGGCAUCCACAACCCACCACCAGCCCCGAAUACAGCCCAGGCAAAACUGGUGGUGACAGGGGUAGAGUAG